AUCUUGAAUUUUCAAGUUCGUAUCUUGAAUUUUCAAGUUAGUAUGUUGAAUUUUCAUGUUAGUAUGUUGAAUUUUCAAGUUAGUAUGUUGAAUUUUCAAGUUAGUAUGUUGAAUUUUCAUGUUAGUAUGUUGAAUUUUCAAGUUAGUAUGUUGAAUUUUCAAGUUAGUAUGUUGAAUUUUCAAGUUAGUAUGUUGAAUUUUCAAGUUAGUAUGUUGAAUUUUCAAGUUAGUAUGUUGAAUUUUCAAGUUAGUAUGUUGAAUUUUCAUGUUAGUUUGUUGAAU